CCUCUUCAUCUUAUUUUUUUGCCAUUCACCACGCACUUAAUAACAAAUUAGCACGCGGAGAUCUCCACAUAAACAAUGGAAAUUAAAAAGUCCAAGAAAUCGAAGAACUACAAGAAGUCCAAGGCGCCCAAAGAGUCGUCCGUUUCGCUCAAACUGAACGCAUUGCAACGCAAGCAAAAGGAAGUCGCCCGCGUGCUCAAUUUAAAACAAGAAAUAUUACUAAAAUCGGCUGUAUCCUAUCUGGAAUAUUAUGAGAUUCGGGCAGAAAUUGAACGACUCAAUAGCCUGAAGGAGGCAUUUAUGCGCCGCGCUGAUAAGCUGAAGCAACAGGACAAAUAGUUGAUAAAUUGGGUUGGAUUAGAAACUAUAUAAGAGUAAAGAAAUCUGUAGCUGAUAUAUAUUGGAAUGUUUUGUAUAUACAUACAUGUUUUACAUCUACAUCUACAUACAUACAUCUUUUUUGUAAUUAAUUUUUAUUUACUUGGAAGCUUUCAAUAACAGUUAUGAUGAAUAAAGUAGAAAAUUACAUAUGUA